AUGACUUUUUUAGCCAAGCUACCACCAACAUCGUUUGAAGCUGCAAUGCCUGGAGCAGCUUUUGUGAGUUACAGAAUUCGCCUGGGCUCUAGCACUGACAAGAAGGACACAGGCCGGCUCCAUGUUGACUUUGCCCAGGCUCGGGAUGACUUAUACGAGUGGGAGUGUAAACAGCGUAUGCUAGCAAGAGAGGAGCGGCACCGUAGACGGAUGGAAGAAGAAAGAAUGCGUCCACCAUCCCCACCCCCAGUGGUCCACUAUUCAGAUCAUGAGUGCAGCAUUGUUGCUGAAAAACUAAAAGAUGAUUCCAAAUUCUCAGAAGCUGUGCAGACUUUGCUCACCUGGAUAGAGAGGGGGGAGGUGAACCGCCGCAGUGCCAACCACUUCUACUCGAUGAUCCAGUCAGCCAACAGCCAUGUCCGCCGACUAGUGAAUGAGAAAGCUGCCCACGAAAAAGAGAUGGAGGAAGCAAAAGAGAAGUUCAAGCAGGCCCUUUCUGGAAUUCUCAUUCAGUUUGAGCAGAUAGUAGCUGUGUACCAUUCCGCUUCCAAACAGAAGGCAUGGGACCACUUCACAAAAGCACAACGUAAAAACAUCAGCGUUUGGUGCAAACAAGCUGAGGAAAUUCGCAACAUUCAUAAUGAUGAAUUAAUGGGAAUCAGGAGAGAAGAAGAAAUGGAAAUGUCUGAUGAUGAAAUAGAAGAGACAACAGAAACAAAAGAAACAGAGGAAUCAGCCUUAGUGUCACAGGCCGAAGCUCUGAAGGAGGAAAACGAUAGCCUCCGUUGGCAGCUGGAUGCCUACCGGAAUGAGGUAGAACUGCUCAAGCAGGAACAAGGCAAGGCUCACAGGGAGGAUGACCCAAACAAGGAGCAGCAGCUGAAACUUCUGCAGCAAGCCCUACAGGGGAUGCAGCAGCAUCUGCUCAAAGUCCAAGAGGAAUACAAAAAGAAAGAAGCUGAACUUGACAGAAUCAAAGACGACAAGUUACAGGUGGAAAAACUGUUGGAAAAUCUUCAUGAAAAGGAAAACUGUACUUCAAGACUGUGUGCAUCAAGCCAAGAAAGUGACCACCCUCUUGAGAAGGCCAUAGUCGGCAACCCUGUCAAAUCGGAACGCGAGGCACUGCUAGUGGGGAUCAUCUCCACAUUCCUUCACGUGCACCCAUUUGGAGCAAGCAUUGAAUAUAUCUGUUCCUACUUGAAUCGUCUUGAUAAUAAGAUCUGCACCAGUGAUGUGGAAUCUCUCAUGAGUAGACUCCAGCAUACCUUCAGGCAGGAAAUGACUGGAGUUGGAGCCAGCCUAGAGAAGAGGUGGAAAUUCUGUGGUUUUGAAGGCUUGAAGCUGACCUGAAGCUCUUUGAUUAACAAUUUGGGAUCCUGGAAAUAAAUGCGUGCUGGACAAGCUUAGGAUGUGAUUUUUUUUUUUUUAUUCUCAGUGGUUUUCAAGAGGACAUUGCUUUCAAUUUGUCAAUUCAUUCCUGAAUAUCUUUCAACUUAAAAUAAGGAUCCUAGACAGCAUCUCAAGCUAUAGGUCCUAAAAAGAAAUUGCCUCAAACCACAAGUGCUGUAACUUCCUCCUAUUUCUGGCAAUUGGUUGACUUCUCUUAAGUAAUAGUGAAAAAUUCCUGAGACUAAAGAGUAUUUGGCGUGUGUUCAGUGUUGUACUACUGUUGUAGACCUUGUACUUUGUCAGCGCUGGUAACUGCAAUGUUUUGAUGACCUGUAAGUGCUUUGUGUUUCCAGAUUUCUCUCCACAUGUUGCUACUGGUAAAAGGAGUGAGAGCAUUGCUAGGACCCCCUAUAACUGCCAUUGUCUUCUCCAUCUGCAGUGAACACUAACUGAAUAAUCCAUCAGUGUCUUCUAUAAGGUGCUUCACCAGUUCACCUUUGAAAUAAAAAAGCAUGAACUGUGGCUUUUUGUAAAAAUACUGUGAACCAAAAGUUGACAAACGUUCCAAAGUUAUUUUCUCUAAUAGAUAAAAGGUCUAUCUCAGAAUUUUAAAACAAGAAAUCUAGAUGGAUUCAUGGAAAGUCUCCAGUAUAACUACCGUGUCUGUGCUUUUCAGAAUUACUUGUAAAUAGUCUGCUUUUAAAAGAGGGCAUGUUUAGUUUUCUAUGAAUUAAAAUGCAGUCAGGCGUGGGCACAUGUGUGCUCACAUUGGCAGAAGGGAUUUAUUUUAAUAGUCCUUCCUACUGUCUGUUGGUCCAUUUUUUCCUGCUGUUAGUGUGUUGAAUUACAAACUGUGUACUGCUGUAAAUGCUGUUUACUUCGUGCUGGAUGUUUGUAAACUGAUGUGAGUAUUGAAAGUAAAGAUCUACUGAAUAAA